GCUGCCAUGUCCGCCAAGAACAUUUACUACUCGGACAAGUACGAUGACGAGCUGUACGAGUACCGGCACGUCAUGUUACCCAAGGAUAUUGCCAAGAUGGUGCCCAAAACCCAUCUCAUGUCAGAAUCGGAAUGGCGGAACCUGGGAGUGCAGCAGAGCCAGGGCUGGGUACACUACAUGAUCCAUGAGCCAGAACCACACAUCUUGCUGUUCCGAAGGCCCCUGCCAAUCAAAAAGCCCUAGUGGCGCCCCCUGUUGUACAGAACUGUCUCCUGGCUGCAAGCACCUUCCUGGCCAUGCCAUUCUCUCUCUCUGGUUCCUCUCCGGCUGUCCGACCGAUAUCAUGCACCGAGACACCACCCUCCCCCCCGGGAAAGUGACUGAGACCCCCGGCCCCCCACUGGCGCCAAAGUGACUGUAUUUAUGCUCCCCGUCUGUAGGAGAAUGCGGCUGUGUGGGGGGCCGGGCAGUGUCCCCUGUGGCCCCGUGGUGGGGCCGCCAUGUCUAUAUUUACAUGUUGUGUAUGUGCCACUGACACGCUACUCAUUGCUGCAUGGGUUUAGCACUCGCUUGAAUAAAGUGACUCGAUUUUA